ACCAACCGUUAACGUCUUCUUCUUCUAUUCCCAUCUUUCUUGCAACUCUCACUCUCUAUAACUUUUGGUGUUUUCAUCAAUCAAAAUAUCGUUUGUAGCUUCGGGUUUCUUACGUAAGAAACUAUCCAUAUAUGGAUCACAGGAAACAGGGAGGGUAUUCCUCAUCUUCUUCAUUUACCGAAAAUCUGUUUGGCCCCAAGGAUGCAUCCUCCUCCUCCUCCUCUGGCCUUUUCAGCUCUGUUUUCGGCCCAUCCUCUACGGGUUUAGGAAGAGACUCAUCCCACACUAGGAACACAGGAUCAUCCAAAAAGCAUGAAUUUGGAGGCCAAUACGGAAGUGGCAAACAACCGACAUCAGAUUACAAGGCACAGAGAAGCAUGGGCGAAAAGGAAGGGAAUCCAGUUUAUCAAAACGAAAAAGCAGAACCAAGCUAUCUCAGUUCAUCCAUCUAUUAUGGUGGCCAAGAAGUUUAUUCUCCAAAUACCCAAACCAAUCGCCCUCACCACACCUUCAAGAAAGAUGGAGGUGACGAUGAUCCAAACGGGAGCAGUGCUUCGAGGGGAAAUUGGUGGCAAGGAUCUCUCUACUACUAAAGCUUUUCUAUGUAUGCCUAAGAUUUAGGAAGUGGCAAAGACCGUAUUUAAUCCUAAAAAGUCUUGCCGCAGCUUGAAGUUCUUAGAUUUUUCUUUGUGAGGUCCGGGUCUUCUCUAAAGUUGUACAUGAGCUAAUGAUGUUUUGCUCAGUCUAUACUAGCUGUUUGUCUCAAGACUUGUUAGUUAGUCUUAACAUGUGUCUAGUUGAAUGUAUCUCCAAAUAUCCUAGUAGUCUAUGGAGUAUAUGUCACUUGUAACCCUGUUUCUUUACCUAAUAUAGUUGGUGUUUGACUUGUCA